UGUAGUACUGACUACUGAUUUGGGGGAAGUCGCCGCUGCUCAACAGCUUGGUAUUCCUCCAGCAAAGCCAAGGAGAGCGGUUCGAUGCGCUCUGUGCUCCUGAUCUAGUCCGGAAGGAAUCGUAUCGGUGCCGCCGCCGCCUCCUCUCGGCUGAUGGUGUGAGCGACCCUCUUUCCCCAGGCCGCGGCCUUUCCCGUCGUCCGGCGCCAUGAACCUACUCCCCGUUAAUCCGCACGGGAAUGGGUUGCUCUUUGCCGGCUUCAACCAGGACCACGGAUGCUUUGCAUGUGGAAUGGAAAAUGGAUUUAGAGUGUUUAAUGCAGAUCCACUCAAAGAGAAGGAGAAACAAGAAUUCCUAGAAGGAGGUGUCGGCCAUGUUGAAAUGUUGUUUCGCUGCAAUUAUUUAGCUUUGGUUGGUGGAGGGAAAAAGCCAAAGUAUCCUCCUAAUAAAGUAAUGAUCUGGGAUGACUUGAAAAAGAAGACAGUUAUUGAAAUAGAAUUUUCCACAGAAGUAAAAGCUGUUAAGCUGCGAAGAGACAGAAUUGUCGUAGUUUUGGACUCUAUGAUUAAAGUUUUCACAUUCACACACAAUCCUCACCAGUUACAUGUCUUUGAAACUUGCUACAACCCUAAAGGUCUUUGUGUCCUGUGUCCAAAUAGUAAUAAUUCCUUACUUGCAUUCCCUGGAACACAUACUGGACAUGUGCAGAUAGUAGAUCUGGCAAACACUGAAAAGCCUCCAGUAGAUAUACCUGCUCAUGAAGGAAUCUUGAGCUGCAUAGCCCUAAAUUUGCAGGGAACAAGAAUUGCUACAGCAUCAGAAAAAGGGACCCUUAUAAGAAUAUUUGAUACUUCAUCUGGGCAUCUAAUUCAAGAAUUGCGCAGAGGAUCUCAGGCUGCCAAUAUAUACUGUAUAAACUUCAACCAAGAUGCUUCUCUUAUCUGCGUAUCAAGUGACCAUGCCACAGUGCACAUUUUUGCAGCAGAGGAUCCCAAGAGAAAUAAGCAAUCAAGCAUCAGCCAGUUUCCUGCCCAAAUAUUUCAGUUCCAAAUGGAGUUUUUCCAAGUUUCAAGUUCCCUCGGGCUCUCCCUGUAUCUGUGCCUUUGGAACAGAGCCGAAUUCUGUCUUAGCAAUCUGUGCAGAUGGCAGUUACUACAAAUUUUUAUUCAAUCAAAAAGGGGAGUGCUCCAGAGAUGUCUACGCUCAGUUUCUAGAAAUGACUGAUGACAAACUUUGACUGGACUGUUGGAAGUAUGGUUUGGUGGGGGAAGUUAUCAGAAUCCCCAUCCCAAUUCUUCUCCUGUUGAAGAGACAACUUCUGAUGUACUAUUUUGAUGGCACUCUUCAAGAUGGGACUGACCUGGCCAACAAUUGGAACAAGGCAAAGGACUGAUAAUGUUAGCUCUCCACAGUUGGUUGUAAGUGUUACUUUGGCAGCUGCUGCUCUUUUCCUCUUCAAGUUUCUAUAUGAGGGUUCUCCCUGUUAAGUAUCAUGAAACUUAGUACCUGCCACCUUAUAAAGCUGGAAAGAAAAGUUAGUAGAGUUUUGAUGAGUUGAAGACUUUUCAGAUUAGAUUCAGCAGGCAGGUUAAUUGGAAAUGGCACCCCAGUCAUUUGUAGCAGCAGCUUUUGCCUUUACAGAUAUUGUUUCCUCCUGAUUCCCAGAAAGAAACUGUAGCAAAGUUGCUCUGAGUUGCAAUUACUGAAAAAUAGAUCAAGUCUGUUUCCAUAUUGCUGUGAAUAGGUAUUCAUGUCAUGUAUCAGAGGUGCCAAAUAUUCUAUUGCAACCAACAUCAAGCACUGUGAACUCAGUGAUUCUGCCAGGUAAGAAGUGUCAACAAAGAGGACUUACAAGGCUGUGUUGUCUCCAUCUAGAAUGUAAUCAUUCCAUACUAUUAAAAUCUAGUCCUUUGUGUAGUGGUACUUAAGUUGGGAAAGAAAAGGGUAAUAAUAAAGUUCUGUGAUAGGCAACAGAUGCCAGGUUCUGCUUCUAUAGCCUCCAAGACGUAUGUAUUCAGAACACACUAAAUUGAUGCCUUUUAGAACUAUAAGGUGAUAAAGGGACAUGCCUAAUUUUUCAAAACCCUUGGAAUACAUGUAUGCGACCACUUAAUUUUAAAGUAUCACCUUACAGCAGUUUCAAUUUCAUUUGCACACAUGCUUCAAAAUUUAUUGAAGGCUUAAUGCAUUCAGCUGCAAAGCAUCCAAACUUUUCACUUAAUUAAAACCUAUACUCCAAUGUGGGUUUGCAUGUUGCAUUUAAAUGUGUACUUAAUCAUGAAAGUUAUUUUGCACAUCUUUUGUAAUAUUCUUUAAUUAAAAGUGACUAAUUUACUGUAUUCAGUUAAUGGUAGCAAAGCUGAUGCUAAUUUUACUUUUCUUAUAAUUUUUGUAGACUUGUGUUAUAUUGCCUGAGAGAUUCAUGUCCCGUCAUCCAUAGCCAGCUCCCACUUAGUACCCAAGAUUCAGACCUCCCAAAAUUUUUAGGAAGAACCACUUUCUUAUUCUUUAUUAAAAACACGAAGUUCUUCCUUGCUACAAGAUUGAGAGAAAGAAGUCAAGAAAGACAAAUCUCACUUUUUACAGAUGGGGAUUUUAUUUCAUGAAUUUGCAAAUUCAUCUUGAAAGUAAUAGUCUGCUCAUACUUUGAAGGGACUGAGUAGAAAUGCUGUGUACAAUCAAAGUAAUGUGUUGAUGAACUUGGGUUUUACGCUUCCAAAGGGAAAAAAACUGUUCUUGAAGUAAGCAAGGGUUAAUGUGCUGCAGUGAAAGCUGUCUGAAGUUCAACUGCAAGUUACCAAUUGCCAUCCACACUGCAAUCAGCACUGGUUUGUAAAUAAACCUUAUUUAAUCUCUAGAUAGGGUAUUCACGGCAUGCUAAGCCAGGUUUAGCUACAACUAUCUCACCAAAUGGUGUAAACACAGCCAGUUACAGCUCUUUAAAAAAAAAAA